AUGGCUCCUGUCAACCUUCUCGCGUAUGCUUGGCUUGCCUUUGUCGGCGUGCAAGCUGGCCCAUGUCAUCCAAACGCAUCGACCACUCUUCUGUCAUUCAGCCUUGAGAUAAGUACACCAACGUCUAUCGAAAACGAGUCUGCCCCCAAUGCGGCUAGCUCCUUUUGGAGUUCCUUUGAGACCAUCUCUGCCCCUACACUUUCACCCGAGAUGAGCGACCAUUCAAGUGCCACUGCCGACUCAACAACUAUAGCCCAGACCAUAACAAGCCUCGAUGCGGCCUCCACUACGGCUACGACGGAUAUGGAGCCCACGACCUCCGCUACCACUACCACUACCUCUACUGCUACGAUGCCGGAAGCCCCUACGCUUACCUGCGGCUAG